GUCAAGAACGGACUCCCGCGCGACGUGUCACUGAAGCUGGCCGCGCAAACGGUUCUCGGCGCGGCGAAAAUGACCAUGACAGGUGACAAGCAUCCUGCCCAGCUCCGCAAUGCUGUGGAAUCGCCUGGCGGCACCACAAUUGCAGGGACCACGACUCUUGAAGCAACUGGUUUCCGGAAUGCCGUGAUCUCGGCAGUGACGGCCGCGAAGGAUCGCGCUACAGAGCUGGGAAAGAUCUGA